AUGUCAGCUGAGGACUGCUUCGAUUUCAACCUCAGUCGCCUUCUCAUCGAAUGUGACAAUAAGAAGUCAGAGACGAGAAGGAUGCCGUGGAACGUUCUCUGCUUUCUAACGAAGAUGGGUGCACAGAACUGCGAGAUUCUUUCAAUUCCUCCGUGUCCGGCGUUUUGGAGUGAUAAACGUAAAAAACUCGCAGAACCAGGUCCUGAACCGGGUGUUGUACUUGUGAAGCAAACCAAAGAAUACAAAGAAAAAAAAGUGAAGAAACACAGUAAAGAGCGGCCGAACCAAGAAGCGCGUCGUCGCCAUUCUGUCGGUGCACCAGUGCUCAUUAAGAAUGCUGCUUCUGAUAAACCAUCUAAGAAACACUCUAAGCAACGGAAGACCUCCAAGGAUCAACAGUCAGGGAAGCAGAGAAAAGACCGUCAGCAGAAAGACAGCAGUGGUAAGAAGCAACCUCGAGACAAAAAGAUAGGUUCCGUAACACAGACGAUGUUGUUGUUGCCGCUUCUGGCUCAAACUGUUCGCUUCAGUCAUACUCACUAG